ACGUGGAAAAUUAUUUCCCUUUUUAUUCGGCACAGAUUUCCUUUGCAAUAUUCUAUAAUUAUUUGCAAGUGUUCUUAAACAUCGCUAGGGAAGAAAGAAAUUUUGAAAGGAAGAGUAACGAAAGAAUUUCGCGGUUUUACAGCUGAUCAUGGCAAGGAUCGUAAAGCCAGUUCAAUUCUGAAAUUUUUUAUCAUAUCUGAUCAUGGCAAGGAUCGUAAAGCCGGUUCAAUUCUGAAAUUUUUUAUCGCAGUGGUACGUAAACAAUAUUCAAGUGAUGUUAAACUACUAAAACCCAUGGAUUCAGGAAUUGAAACAAACGAUAGUACAAAUGACAAUGAUAAAGCGGUUUUAAAGCAGCCUGCAGUUUAUAGAGGAGCUGUGGAUCGAUCAUCGGUGAAGAAAUCAAGAACAGCUAAAGACAUCCCAUUACCGGAAGUACCAAAAGUCAUCGACAACGGAAAUGGGAAACGCUACUUUCGCGGAAGAUUGCUCGGCAAGGGUGGGUUCGCUCGUGUUUAUGAAGUCACUGAUAUGUCAACAAACAAGUUGUAUGCCCUGAAAGCCGUACCAAAGGCUAAACUCACAAAGUCUGCGGACAAAUAUAACAAAAUAGAAACAGAAAUUGAACUUCACAAGAGUCUCAGGCAAAGACACGUGGUUGGUUUUCAUGGACAUUUUGAUGAUGAUCAAUAUGUAUACAUACUGCUGGAGCUUUGCAGCCGAAAGUCUUUAGUACAGACACUCAAAAACCGUGGAAAAUUAACAGAACCUGAAGUGCGUAAUCUUAUGUACCAAGCCGUGCAGGCAUGUUCAUAUUUGCACGCCCAACGGGUCAUACAUCGUGACAUCAAAGUCGGUAACUUCUUUCUCAAUGCUGACAUGGAACUGAGGCUUGGAGAUUUUGGCUUGGCAGUGAGACUGAAGGAAGGAGAGAAUAAAAUAAAAACAAUGUGUGGUACACCAAACUAUAUUGCCCCUGAAGUCUUGUCUAAAGAAGGACACAGCUACGAGGUUGACACCUGGGCUUUGGGUUGUGUUAUGUACACAUUAUUGAUUGGACAUCCACCCUUUGAAACGAAGUCUCUAAAGGAAACAUACAACCGAAUACGGAACAACGAAUACACGAUUCCGGCUCGUAUCUCCGACAGCGCGGCGAAACUCAUUCGGAAAAUGCUUCAAGCGAACCCCGCCAACAGGCCCUCUCUAAACGACAUUCUCUCUGACGAAUUUUUCAAGAAGGGUUUUUUUCCCAACAGACUUCCUGCAUCGGUAGUUACAACUUCUCCAAGAUGGUCGGAAUACGAAAGGACACGAGAGUCUAGCCAGAAGAUAUCAAAAGAUGCGAUCAAGAAAAUAACAUUGGCUUUGUCGCACCAAAUGAAACUUUCUACGGACGAGAAAGAAGAGUCACUUGAAAAAGAUUUUAAUGAAGUGGAAAGAAAAGGAGAAAAAAGCAGUGUAGCUCCUAGUAGUGAAAAAGAAAGUGAGUUGAGUGGAAAUCAUGAAACUAGCUGUGCCCGAGACAUAGGACAAGAAGGGCAGAGAAGGCCAAAAUACUUUCCUCCCGAAGAAUUGAUGUCCAAACUUUCAAGCUUCCUGGAAUGCCUCGAAGAACGCCCGCAAAAGACUUCAGCUGGAAAAUCUUCAGGACCCUGUGCGAAAAGGCCCCCUCCAAACUCAUCAGAGAACGUGCGAAAAUCAGGGGGGACGUUACCCUCUGCUACUCCUAGGUCCUUGCUGGUUACUAAAUGGGUAGAUUACAGUAACAAGUAUGGAUUUGGAGCCCAGAUGUCAGAUGGAAGUGUGACUGUUAGGUUCAAUGACUGCAGUAAGAUAACAAUCUCUCCUAACAAAAGUUUUGUUCACUAUUGCGAUCAAGUAAACAACAUAUGUCCGUUUCGGUCCACCGCAGUGCCAAAGAACUUACAGGCUAAGUUCAUGUUGCUCACUUUCUUUGGGAACUACAUGGAAAAACAUCUGUUGAAGGGAGGCGAUUCCAAGACAUUCACAUCCGCUGACCAACCAAGCUUUCCGUUUAUUGACAUCUGGUUUCGCACAGACAUUACCAUGGUGAUGUAUCUUAGCAACGGAACCCUACAGGUGAACUUUUUCAAUGAUCACACAAAAAUCGCUCUUAUACCUGGACCUAUUGACGUGUUAGUGAUUUACAUUGACAAGCAGCGAGAGGGGACAACUUAUGUUAUGUCUGAUAUAAACAAACAAGGGUGUGCUUCAGAAUUGAUAGAAAGACUUCGUUAUUGCAAAAGAGUGCUCAAAAAGGUCUGCGAGUUAGUUGAGGAGGAAAGCAAUUCUUAACGCUUCUUUAAGAGACCAUAGGACACUUUCGACCGUUUUAACACAGUAUUGGAUGAAACGCCGCGUGCGAAAGAGAAACGUUUAUAAAUGAUGCAUUAUUGAUUAGUUAUAUAUUUAUUUACUAUGAAGAUAAUAAUUGUACGAAAGUAACUGUACAAAAGUAAUUUUAAAUAAGAAAUGUAUUAGUACUCAACAUUUAUGGGAAACUGCAAGAGCGUCUGUAACAAAAUUGGCCAGUGCUAAUGUAGAGGAACUCGAAAACGAGUUACCGUACAUCAAAAGGCACUGGUGGUAAGGGCGAAACAUAAGAUAUCACUAACUGGUUAAAAAGAAGAAAUA